GUGAUGUAGUAUUUAGUAAGGACGUAAUCUAUCGAUGCAACGCUAGUGUUCCCACAAAUAAACUACAAGUACAGUGCUAACGCAUGAGUGGCUAGCAAAACUGUGUGGGGCCUGAAGGAAAGGGUAGUUUUAAAGGGAAAUCAAGGUUGUUGAGGUUCGUGAGGCUGGUGCAUCAGGAUUAGGGGGAAAUAGUCACAACACUUAGAAAAGGGGAAACAAAUCCCUGCAAUGUUCCCUGGCUAGUUAAACUAGCUGCCAGUUUGCGGUGCUUGCUGCAGCUGAAGCCUUGCGCCACCCUCCCCGUCCUCCUCUCAUGCCCCCCCCUUGUGUGUGUCCCUGCCUGGUAGUGUCCCCCACCUAGCCCCCCUGUUGUCUUGCUUCUCCCGCCUGGAGCCCUCCUCUCCCUAAUGCUUUGGACAACGCCAGCACACUGCCAGCCCAAUGACUGCCUGGAUUGUCCUGCCUGUCAGCCUCUCUGCCUUCUCCAUCACUGGAAUAUGGAUAGUCUAUGCCAUGGCUGUUAUGAACCAUCAUGUUUGUCCUGUUGAGAACUGGUCUUACAAUGUGACAUGCACAGAGGAGAUACCUCGACCAGGCUUCCCAAAGACAUGCUGCACCAUACAAGAUAUCCCCCUUAUCAGUAAGUGUGGCUCCUUCCCACCAGAGAGCUGCCUGUUCAGCUUGAUUGGGAACGUCGGAGCCUUCAUGGUGGUGAUGGUGUGCCUUCUGCGCUAUGCCCAGGUGAUAGAGCACAGCCACGGCAGCUGGGUAAACACUAGUGCCCUAGUGUCUGGCUGCACCAACGCUGUGGGACUGGUAAUGGUGGGAAACUUCCAGGUUGACCAUGCCAAGUCCCUCCACUACGUGGGAGCGGGCGUGGCGUUCCCCGCGGGGCUUCUCUUUGUGUGCCUGCAGUGCGUGCUCACCUACCGCGUGGCCGUCACCGCCCUCGACUACUGGAUGGCCCACGUGCGUGUGGCGCUGGCCGCCGGGGCGCUGGUCUCCCUCGUCCUCAGUGGCAUCUUCUUCAUCCAUGAGAGCUUCGUGCUCCAGCAUGCUGCAGCCAUCUGUGAGUGGGUCUUCACCGUGGACAUUCUGGUCUUCUACGGCACCUUCACCUAUGAGUUUGGCACGGUUACCAACGACACUAUGAUGGCGGGCCUGCAGCAGCUUCACCACCACGGCUCGGGGGUGAUGAUGGGCCCAGGGUCCAUGGCGGGGACCCUAGGCGGGGGUUCCAAAGGCCUCAAGUCCCCUGGAGGCAGCAGCACAUCCACCCAUAUUAACUGCACCCCGGAGAGCAUAGCCAUGUUGUAGCUCCUUCCCAGGGGAAACCACCGAGAGCAGCAGCUCUCAUUCCAGAGUUACUAAGUAACAGGCAUUGUGGGGGGGAGGGGGGUCAAGAUGGCAUAGGAAGAUACGAGAAGUGGAUAUCUAAGGUUGACACACUAGGGUUAUGUGUCUGUAUUGCUAUAUUGGUUUUUGUGUCGUUGCAAGCCGUCCGGUAGUCCACUACAGUCAAGUCUCCUUCCCGUAUCUCGUAAGAACACUUUAACGAAGGCUGAAUGUGCGGAAGGGGGAGUAUCGGUGCUUCGAAUGUUUUUUAAGACUGCUGUUGGCACACAUGGCCUUCGGUAAUCUUCCAUUUACUGAAAAUAGGAGAUGUUUGUCUCAUCACUGAGGCUACGGGAGCCCACCAGUGUUCUCUAAUGCAUAUGGAAGAACGAACAAGGGUCUCUUGUCAAACCACAAAUUAUGUUUUGAUUUCUGCCACAUUUUACACAGACUUUCUCGACUGGGUGCUGGGUGUGGCCCGCCCUCAUGCCAUUUUGAUAAACCUGUCUGCACGCCACACCUCCAUCGAGAGAAUACAUUCUUUCAAGCGACUUGGUCUGAGUUGGUUUUUGUGUGUACUCAGCCAAUGUUAAAGCAUUGUUAGUAGAAACUAUUGAAUGUUUGAGAAGUGAUACCAUAGAUAGAAGUAUACUGUUAUGUAUCUGAAAAGUUUUUGUGCGCUCACCUUUUCUUUAUCAAUCAAGUAUGAAUGACCUGAUUUGGGAAAUCCUUGUUAAUUUACAAGAAAACUGACAUUUAUUUGUGCAAAAUCCCUGCCCAAAUAACUGCCUUUUGAGGGCAAGUGAUACGAGUUUGUGUUGAAAGUAUAAUCUCUGUAUUUUAGCCAUUACAUACAUAUACUCUUGAGAACAUAUUAUACAUUGUAGUUAUCUCUGCAUUUAUUAAGUUGCUUCCUUCAGUGCCAUUUGCUGCCACAGGUUACAUUUCACUUUGGGUCGUUUUUUGUUAGUUACAAGUUUUUGUUGGUGCAAUAGCUGCCAUUUCUUGGGCAGCAUACACUCCAAAGUGGUGGGAGUUAUGCCUGCGCCUUACCAAGGUGUGUUUGAAAAGUGCUUUUUGAUGCUGGCGUGGAACACAGGCUUUUGUUUACUAUAACCGUUUAGACAGUAUGGGCCUCCCGUAGACGGGGUGGGGUCUGUGGUAUUGAUUCCAGGCUGGUCCGUUGGAAGCCUUAUUAGAACAUCACAGGCAAUGUUAUCUCGUUAACAGAAUCCUACAGUACAGUCUGUCGAUAUGUGUUUUAGCGAGACACUUGAUGUUUGCGUCAAGAGUAAAACUAAAGAGGAUGCAUGGAGACCCUGUGCCAUUAACAUGAUGUUCUGAACCAGUUGAAAUCCAUUUGUUGCAAAGAUGUGUGAUCUGUAAACAAAUGAAUGAUAAAUGAAAAAGUAUUUUGCAUUGCCAACUAUCUAAACAACAGUAUGGUUCAAAACACAAGCAAGUUACUGAUUACCAAAUAUUCCUAGGUCACAGAAUAUAACUAAACUGUAGUACCACUUAGAGGUGAAUGCUCGUCAUUGUGUGUAUGGAUUCAGGUGAGCUGCUUGAACGCUGUGCUCCCAUUGGCUCUCUUCUGUAAGCUCCUAGAUCAGUGACCUUCAGAGGUACCUAAUGGCAGAAUCAUCAUCACAGCUUUAUACCAUAUGAUGUCAUUGUUGAUUCUUUUUAUUCUGUUCAACCACUGGAUGGUUUAUAAGCCACCAAAACUUGUUUUGUUUUGUCAGCUACCUCCACGUUUGAAUUAAUUUGAAGUAGUUCUGUGCAGACGUGGGAAUGGAAUUUCCGAUGACUUUUGCCAAAAAAAGACUGGAAUCCACUCGAGAAUUUAAACGGUUUCUCUUUCCAUUCAACAGAAAAGCCCUAAGAAAAAAAGCAAUCUGUAUUUGGGUUGUUUCACAUGCUAAAACCAUGUGGGUCAGAUAGCUCCCUUGAGUUAUUUAGAUUUUUGUUGCCAUCAUAGGUCAGACAAUGUUUUCUUUAUUUUUUUCUCUCAAAGAACCAUAUUUAAAAACAAUGUCACGUUACUGUAAGGUAGUAUCAAGGUUAGAGACUUCAACCGGCAGCUUCCAUGAAAAAUGUACACGGGCUUCAGACUACUGUUCUCAUGGUCAACAGGCAAAAGAUGGCAUUUCCAAGUGUUUUUGUUCCAGAAUCCUGCACUUAUUUCAAAUUGUGUAGUUACUGUCUGUAUGUGUGGAUACACAAGAGUGAGAGAAUACCAGCUUCUGAGGACAGCCUGUAUGUUGGAAAAUGUCUUGAAUUAUUGAAAUACGCAAGCAGACAAAAUGUCUAGAAAGGUGUUGUUCUAAUUUUUAAUCUUUGACAAAUGUAAAAUAUGUAUUUUACUCAAUUUCCUCAAAUGGCUAUGCCAAUGACAUACAGUAAAAAAGGCAAUGCAGAGAAUAUUUUUAGUUUUUGUUUUAUAAAUUCCGUAUGUAAAUAUGUAUGAUUUGUCUAUCAUUUAGUUAUUUUCUUUUGUCAGAGAUUUAUAUUCAAAUAUGAAAUUAAAUUGAUGAACUAUAA